AUGGGAGGAAUAUUUGCCAAGUCCUCAAACAUGAACGGGAACAGGAUGGGAACGAUGGAAGAGAAGGAAACCAUGAAUGAGAAGCAGCUAGUUUUAAUGCCGCAUCUGCCAGAAGAAAUUAUCAUCCAAAUCCUUUCGAGGUUAUCUCCUAGAUAUCUCUUAAAAUUCAGAUAUGGCAAAGAUAUGUACUCUAUAGAUAACGAAUCAUUAUCAACAUCAUCAUCAUUACUUGAUGAUAUUGACAGCCGAUGUGGGCUUGGUUAUGACUCCGUGAGUGAUGAUUAUAAGUUUGUAUGUAUCAUAAGCAAUUUAACCUUGAACCAAUCUGAAGCUAAAAUAUAUUCGCUUAGAUCGAAUUUAUGGAAACCAAUCCAACAGAUCUCUUAUGUCUUAUCUCCGCAAUCACACAAGUAUGGAGUGUUUUGUAAUGGAGCUCUUCAUUGGCUGUCAUCAUCUUUGCCCAAAGCCUUAAUUGCUUUACAUAUGACAGAAGAGCUUAUCAGAGUAAUCUCACCACCAGAAAAUCCGAAUUUCGAGCAUAUCGGUGACACUGCAUGUAUCGAUGUGUUGGAUGGGUGUCUUGGUAUGCUUUAUUGCAAUGUAGACCUUGGUUUUGAAGUAUGGUUGAUGAAGGAUUACGGAAAGAAAGAGUCAUGGACUAAAUUUUACAGCAUUUCGAAACUGGCAAUAUCACUUGAAAUGGGAAGGUUUGGGCGCUUGAGAAGGAUCAAGUGUUUAAAAACUGGAGAGAUUCUAUUAGAGAUUUAUCACCACAGCAUGAAUGGGGGUACUAGAGAGGCUUUGGUUCUAAAUGAUCCAAAGAAUGAAACGUCAAAGUUUUUGAAGCACGAUAAGGAUAAAUUGUCUUCAAGUUCAUUGUCAUUCCAUAGUUAUGUUAAGAGCUCGGUUUCAGUUUCCACAAAGCACUAA